AUAAAUGUGAAGGUUUGUGUCGGAUGGGAGUGUAAUCCUCUGAGAUGGAGACAAAAAGCUUUUCUGUUCUGACUCCGGCGCGUUUGGCUGAAAAACUCAUCCCACUGUAAAAGGACUGAAGGGGAAUGAAGUCCAGUCUCCUUUAUUCUGUCAGGAUAUUUUCAUGGCAGUUUUUCAGACGGAGCUGCUCAUCCUCAGGGGACAGAAAUGUUGCACAAACUUCUGCUGCCCAUCGCUUUAGCAGCGAGCCUCAUCUCUCCAGACCUGUCCGGUUCACGAGCCACGAAAACUAAAGAUCAAGUGACAAAUAACUCAGGUGUGACUCCAGCUGGACAGUGUGGAACCUGGGUGAAGGAACCAGAUGGAGGGUACUUCACUUCACCCAAUUACCCUGAGAAAUACCCACCGGAGAGGGAAUGUACUUACAUAAUAGAAGCCUCCCCCCGACAGUGCAUCGACUUGUUCUUUGAUGAGAAGUAUUCCAUCGAGCCGUCCUGGGAGUGUAAGUUCGACCACAUCGAAGUCCGCGAUGGACCUUUCGGCUUCUCACCGAUCAUUGGUCGAUACUGCGGACAGGAAAGCCCGGCAUAUGUUCGGUCCAGUGGGAGGUACCUGUACAUCAAGUUUGUGGCUGACGGCGAAUUGGAAGCAAUCGGCUUCUCUGCUCGGUAUAAUUUUACACAAGUGGUCGGGUGCAUGCAGCUGGGGGUGGUCUUCUGCUCUGCAUUGGCAGUGGAGUCACACCAGCUGCAGCUGAUGAGGGAACAGGACACACACACACACACACACACCACACAGAUGGACACUGGCAACACACAGGCGCUUGUUCCCCCGGUCGCACACACAUGA